AUGUUCGGGCAGGAGAAAUAUGACUGGUGCCUACGCUCUGUACCGCAAGCAGGACUCAAUGGACGCGAGGUUUCGCAAACGCGAGGGAAGCUGCUCGGCGGCAGUAGUGCUAUCGAUUCGCACUCUCCAGUAUAUCCUAACCGGGGGAUGCACGACGCGUGGGCAGGCCUGGUGGGAGAUCAAAGGGGGGCCUGGGAGGGUAUAGAGGAUUGCUACAAGAAGUUUCAGCACGUUGUCGCUGAAGGUGGGGGUUCCGGUCUGUUCAAAGGCCCCGUUAAGGCAUCGUUGCCUCUCAAGUUGAAUCGGCUUCAGCAGGCCUGGCACGGGACUUUCAAAGAGCUCAAUGCCACUGCAACAGAUGCACUGAGAGGGCAGGCAAUUGGUGGAACAACAACGACCAAUGCCAUUGAUAACCGGCCUGGUCGCGGAGAGCGAAGUCACGCAGGGAAUGCAUACUUGACACCAGCUAACGAGCAGGCAAACCUCACGGUCAGGACGGUGUCACUAGUUGAGAAGAUCGCUCUACGCAAAGAGAACUCUAUGCUGCGUGCUGAGGGUGUCUAUUAUAUGAGCGCCGGCCAGCAUUGCUUCGUCGAGGCUACAAAAGAGGUAAUACUCUGUGCUGGCGUCUUCAGCUCGCCUCAAUUGCUAGAGCUUUCGGGUAUUGGACAACGGGCUAUCCUAGAUGCAGCGGGAGUCCAACCCGUGCAUGAAUUGCAAGGUGUUGGAGAGAAUCUACAAGACCACCUGAACUAUGGUGCAAGUAUCGAAGUGCGCCCGGAGAUUGAGACAAUGGACAUACGUGAUUACGACCCAUCCGCCAUAGCCGAUCAACAACGGCCGUACCACCAGGACAAAACUAGACCUUUGGCAGAAGGUUCGGCCUACAGCUUUGCGUACUUGCCCUUGCAGCUACUGGACAAUGAAACGGAUGAUGCCACACUCCGUGAUGCUCUAGCUGCACACAAAGCCACGCAUCCCUGGUUCGAGCAAAAUCAGUACAUCUACGACUCUCUACUUUCCCCGAAGGCCGCAAGUGCGACUGUUUUCAUGACACGCAAAGCCCGCUACACGUCGAAACUGACCGCAGCUGAUGGGGAAUAUACGUCAAUCCGCUGA